UCUUGACAGGACGAGGAACUGAGACCCGGAGCUGCUUUUCCUACGCGUAGGUCAUUUCACGAAGAAAACUUCCGAUCUGUUAUUUGAUUUUUAGUAAAUUGGUACAGUAGCUUGUAUACCCAGUUUAAGCCACAAUUUAUGGCUAAAAUUCUUAUCAUUGAACCUUUCUAUGGAGGCUCUCAUAAGCAACUGCUGGAUAUUGUGCUUCAGCAGCUUCAUCCAGCUGAGUACGAUUUAUUUACGCUGACAGCAAAGAAAUGGCACUGGCGUUCGCGGAUAGGAGCACUUUAUUUCUCCGAAGUUAUUCCAAGGGAUCACCAGUACAAAACACUGUUUACCAGUUCUGUGUUGAAUUUGGCUGAACUGAUCGGUCUUCGGCCUGACUUGUCCGUAUGUAGGAAAAUUGUUUACUUUCAUGAAAAUCAGCUGAACUAUCCUGUACGUGAAAUCAAGGAACGAGACUGUCAGUAUGGACUGAAUCAAAUAAUGACGUGUCUCAGUGCGGACCAAAUUGUGUUCAACUCACAGUACAAUAUGACUUCCUUUUUGGAUAACAUUAAAAGCUUUUUAAAUAUUGCACCCGACCUGAAGUUAAAGAAUCUGAAAGAAAAACUUGAACCACGUUGUGAGGUACUGUACUUUCCAAUACCUUUCCAUAUGAUUCCAAAGCGUGUGUUUACCAAAAACGAGAAACCGUUACAUUUAAUUUGGCCUCAUCGCUGGGAGCACGACAAGAAUCCACAGUUUCUGACUAACACCCUUCUCGAGCUCAACAAGCGGCAGGUGGAUUUUCGCGUAUCAAUCCUUGGUGAGAGAACGCAAUCGAUACCGGAAUGUUUCGAAAAUAUUGGUGAACUGUUGAAGGAAAAACUCAUCAACUUUGGUUAUCUCAGUAAGGAUGAAUAUUAUCGAACUCUACUGGAUGGAGAUGUCGUCAUUUCAACAGCCGGUCAUGAAUUCUAUGGAGUCGCUAUGUUAGAGGCUGCUUAUUGUGGUUGUUUGCCCGUCGCACCAAAUAAACUGGUAUAUCCGGAGAUUUAUCCGGACAAUAGUUUAUACAAUACUUCGAACCAGCUGAUCAAAAUGCUAUAUAACUGGUGCAAAAACCGGGCAUUGUUUGAGAGGGACCGAGCGAUUUUUUACGAAAGCUUCGACUUUGAUAUGUAUUCUUCGGUUAGCAUUGUUCCAAAAUUCAUAUCAAUAGUCAAAGCGCAUAUCGCUGCCAGCAAUGGGAUCUAGGUGAGAAGCGAAUCGUAGUUGUAGUCCAACAAUGUAGGAAAUCUUCCAAUUAAAUUGAUGGCAUCUACCAUGAGCAAAAAGAAACAGACCAUCAGAGUGCAAUCUCGCGCCAAUUUAUACCAUAGAGUCUAGGGGCACAAAAACUGUUCAUCCUAAUCAUUAGUGGUAAGAAGUUCAAACCGGAUUGCUUCGAAGGAGUAUGCAUCCAUGUGCAUUCACGGUUUCAAAAAUUAUUUUUUGUUAUGUUUAAACUUUUUUUACCUAGAACAUUGACCCCCAACGGGAGUCGUAUAGCGAUGCAUUUUUAAUGAUUGUUUCAUUGGUUUACAAAGUUUCGAAAUUUAUUAGAUUGUAUUGUAUAUUACAAUACGGCAGUCAAGAUUUUAUUACAAAGUAAUUGAAAUAUUGGGAAUCAACACAA